AUGAGCUUUGUGAAGUUAAAUGUGCUUCACUUGCAUAUAUUGGACUGGUGUAGAUUCAGUGUACAGAGCAAACUGUGAGUAUUCAAAGUACAGUCGAAGCUCUCAUAAGCAACCAAGCAAAAUGGCAAGAACUCACUGAUUUCUAAUGAAAAAUGACCCUAUCCCAGACUUAAUUGCUUGAAAACCAUUCCCUUCACAGCGGCACAUGUCGAAUAGUUUAUAUCCCAUGUAUUUAAGUACCCCCUGGUACCACCCGGUUGAGUAGGUGUUUAUCAUUUUGGGGAGGGAUGAAAUACGAGCUCCCCUAAAUAAGCCUGCAUGAAAGGCUAUCCGAAACUGUGCCUUGAGUUAGUAAUUCAUUCUUUGGAUUGUAGGAAUGUUACUUUUUGAAAUUGAAAUACAAAAUUUAUGUUAUUUAUGUGUUUCAUCUUUUCUCUUAUUCUUUUCAGUUACCCAGAACUACAAGAACACACAACUCAGUUUUAUACCCAGGAGCAAAUCAAAGAUUUAGUAUCUUAUGCUGGUGACAGAGGAAUAAGAGUUAUUCCAGAGGUUGAAUCAGCGUAAGUUUGCAAUUAAAAAUCAAGAAGGGUAGCAUAGACCUUAAAAAGCUUUGUUUAUGCACGGCUAGUCUCAUUAUCUAUACGAGGCUACCUGUGCACGUGCACAAACAAAGCUUUUUAAAUCUCCUGCUCAGACAAAAUGGCCAUCACUUGACAAAGGUCUAGUGCGGCAUUUUAUGGCUGUGGAGGGGUGGGGAAGGGGAGGGGGGCAAGAGGCUUGUACCAAACACUAGACUGCAAAAAAGUCUGUAUUUUUUCGUAUUCAAGUACACGUGAGCAGUCAAACAAAAGGUCUGGAACGAGGCUGAAACAUGGGCGUGUGAGGCUCACGUGCUUUGCACGCACAAGACUCUUAUGCCACGCUUUACCGAUUUCUUUACUGAUUUUGAGAAAAAAACCGACUGUUUUGUAGUCUAACCAAACACUAGAUUCCCUUGCACACUCUGUCUGUGAUAGAACAGUCAGCUACUUAGUAAUCAGUUGAUAAUAUUGCCCUACUUCAACAAAGAAACAUUUUUUUCAGUAAUGGAGGGUGGAAAGGCUCUGAAACAUCAAGUCCUUAUGUACAUGGACUGUAAUAAUUAGUGUCAGCAUGUCUGUGAUCCAUGUGUAAUAAUAUUGCUAUGUUUUACAAGUCUUGUAUAGGUUGUUCCUAUUUCCCCCCCUCUGGAAGCAAACAAAACACACUUACUUGUUUGUCAGUUGGUUUAUUUCACAUUGUUAUGUUAUAUUUGUUAUUAUGCAGUUCCCAUGUUGCUGGAAUGAUUGGUCUGAUCAACAAAACAAAAGGACUGAGAUUCUGCAAUGAUUCAGGAUUUCUUGAACUCUAUAAUGACCCACAGGUAAGAUUAACCCUUUAAGCCCCAAUAUCCACAUACAAAUUCCCCAAACUGAUCUCCAUACAUUUCCUUUAAGAAUUAGUUAAGAGAAUUUGAUAAAAGAUCAAAGUAUUUUCUCUAAGGCGAUCAUUUUAUUAAUUCUCAUAACCUCAUCUACUGACAAUGUAUGGAUAUUGUUAGGAGAAAAUUGCUGUUGGUCACUAUUGGGACUUAAAGGGUUAACUGCAAUCAACUCUCAGAGUUUCCAUUCAAAAUAUCCAUGACUACUGAUGACUAUUGCUGAUUUUCUGUUUGGCUACAUAAGAAAAUUUUUUUACCAAGGAAGGUAAACCUCGAGAUUUCUAUUGACAGGCAGUUGACAAGGCUGAUUAAAGCGCUGAGUGUACUACCAAAGCAAAUAGAAAAAGUGGAGACUGUUGGAGCCUUCUCAUUGCUUUAAUUUUUUAAAGUCUUCUCAUGCCUGUCUAAUAAUCUACUACAAAGCUGAAUUGAUGUGCUAUUUAAUAGCAAAGUUUUCAAGAAAGUAAAUAAAUCCAUUGUUUUUUGUUCAUAAGGAGGCCCUGCCGGGGGGGGGGGUCAAUUAUGUUGCCCAUCUGAAUUUUAAAACGUCUCGUGUCGGUAUUUAUAAAUGCUUGUCGCUUAUUGUCGGCUUUGCCGUCACUGUCGCAGUUUGGCUGAGGGAGGUUGUCUCUUGUCACGAUUUCAUUUUACGCACUGUCGCUACUUUUUGGGCCACGUCGCUUGUCGGAAUUUACCCUGGCAGGGCCUCACUAAGUGUUAUUGGGUUAUCUGGUUUCCCCUCAAGACUUGGCAAAAGUCGUCAAGUUGAAGUGUUCUCUAUUAAAUUAUUACAAAACACCAAUUAAUCAAUUAAUUAUGUAGCAGAUAUAACACUAAAAGCCUCUUUUCAUAAGGCUUGAUUAGUUUAAAAAAUAUAAUUUAUCAUUAUGAGAAGGUUUUUGUGUAGUUUGAGUCCUUUAGUUAAUACAUGUUAGCAGUGUUUGUUUACUUAGACAUGUAUAUGAUAUCCAAUUAGUAUUAUUAUUAUUACUAUAAUAAUAAUAAUUAUUAUUAUUAUUAUUAUUAUUAUUAUUAUUACCAUCACUUUUAUUAAUGAGUCUUAUGGUGUACUUGCUUCGACAAGGGAGUAACUCUUACCACAAUGAAAAAUAUCCUUGAAGAAAUGAUGACAUUGUUUCCAGACCAGUUCUUUCACCUGGGUUUAGAUGAAGUCACAACAUCCACUUUGUGCAGCCUACAAAGUAGGUUAAUUUAAGUACAGAAAGUUGAUUGUGGCAUAAUGAAAACUUUGAAACAUAUCUGCCAAUUCAUCCCUCUUUUAACUUUACAUGUAUAUGUUUGUACUUAGCUUUUUAUCUCAGGUAAUAAUUCGUUUUCUUUUGUUUUUGGAUACGUCAAUGUAUGCUAAUGAAGUUGAAACAAAAGAAAAACAAAAUUACCUAAGAUAAAAAAAAUAGCUACAAAAAGGGAUUUUAGGUUGACGUUUGUUACUAAUGAAUAUAUGAUUAAAUUAUAACUUCUCAUUUUGAAAUAAUUGAAGAUAGUGUGGUUUUUCAUUAAUAGCUAUAUAAGGACAGUUUUGAGAGGACGCAUUUAUUUGAAAGUUGGUCAAAUGCGACAGAAGGAUUUUUUGUCUACAUGACAUUUUUAUUUUUUGUUUUAAACUACAGAAUAAGAAUCUUUUGAUUUCAAUAAUUGAAAUCAGUCUUAUGGUGUAUCAUAAAGAGUGAUUGACUACGGCCCUCAUUUGGGGACAGCACUUAUUAAUUACCUCUUUGUCCAAAAUGCGACAGUUAAUUGAGUGAAUACUGGAUGCAAGCUUUUAUAAUGACUUAUGAUUUCAUCAUUAUGAUUUUAAGUUUGACAUAGUAUGUUGUCAAGCAUUACUUGGGGCAGCGACAAUUUUUGGAAAAUAUCUGUUCGGAAGACGAUUUGAGAUCUAGAAUUUUCGGAACAUUUUCUGUAAAAUUUCUUGCUUGCCUGCCUCUCCCAGGAUUUUUGAACUUCUAAAAAAUGGUAUAAUUGCCCAUUUUUAACGAAAUUUUAACCCUUAGAAGGUCACCUAGAAUUUUCGGGAGCCUUUUUUCUGGCUGAAAUUUUCGAAAAGGUAAAUUUUGAUCCCUAUAAUUUUCGGAUCACUAGACUUUCAGCUAGGAAAUCCGAACAGAUGAAAAAUUUCUAGGGGAUAAAAAUAUGCCUAUAUCUACCGUUUAAAUACUAAAAUACGUUUAACAAUGCUAUGUUUAAGUGGUUUUGAACUAUAUUCUCGUUGGGUGCUCCUGUUACUUCAGGUGAAAGCAAAUCUCUGUCAAUGCAAUAACUUGGGUGGUUAUUUCUACGCAGAUACCAAAAGCCUAGAGCAAGAACUAAUGAAGUUUCUAUAGUACAGAAAGGAAAAAUUCCAUAUGCCUGGCAAGAGGCAUUGAUAUCAACUUCUGCUGUAAGCAUUAUGUAUUAUACAAUGUAUAACAUGCAUCUUAUUCGCCUGGGUGAAGAGCAGUGUUUUGUGAAAAUGUCCAUGCAGAUUACUGGUUGUUAUUAAAUCUUAUUUAUUUAUUUAUGACUUAAUCUUAUUUAUUUAUUGUGAUUUCAUCAUAGGCAAUAAAAGGAACAGUGCUACAGGCAUGGAAAGGCUCAGUAGUAAAAACCCUUAUAGACGACGGAUUUCAAGUGUAAGCAAGAAAGAAAGCUGACUGUAUAAUAAAUGAUAUCAAGUUUGACAAAUUAACAAUAUUUUUGAUCGAGUAAGACUUGUAAAGUUGAACUUCUAUUUAGUAAUAAGUUGUUUUCCUCUAACAAAACUUUAAUUAUUAAACAAAACAAAAAAAAUUGGCAUUUCACCGAUCCUUAUUUGAUCCGUUUGCGUUGGAGAGGUUUGUCUAUAUCAGUAUUAUUCAUCUCCAUCUUGUUUUUCCAUUGAACAGGAUCAACUCUCUGAGCGGCAAUUUUUACCUAAGUAGCCUUGUGGAUUUUAGUGCACUAUGGACUAAUAUUUCAGCCAGGGUAACUAUCAUUUAUAAUAAGUCUUUAUUUUAGUUCGAUCUCAUCCCCAGGGGCUUGUCGGUUUUGAAAACGAGAAGACCCUAGGAACAAGUUUGCAAAUUUUCAGACAAAUGGCCUCUAUGAACAGAAUUAAGUCUCCACCAGAUUUCGGGAUUUUACCAUCUAAUGAAAACUAAAACAAAAGAUUUGAAGAGUUAAUCCCAUGUAUUAUUAGACAGUAGCAUCAGACAAAAGGAAAAAUAGUCGGUGAAUAGUAAAUUACAAAACCAAACCAUUAAUUGUUGGAAUUCAAUUAGUACAAAGACACGUUUUAGCUUAAAGGAUAGCAAAUAUCACGAAACAAUCCCUAAAUAUAUCUUUUGCUGUGUCUGUUUGCAUUAUUUUGAAGUUAAAUCCAGACGAGAUGACACUUGUUCCUGGUGGUGAGAUGGCCAUGUGGACUGAUGAUUACUGCUUUGUAGAUCAGUGCUUUCUGUACAAACGGGGAAAACCUGACGCAUGGUGGAUGUUUGGACCCGAGAGCGAUUCACAGUUUACUGAGUCAGUGAGUGGAAUU